AUCUACAUAUUAUUUAGUUCGUGCUCCGCAAAACACAAAGUGUGUUGGAUAAUUUGUGUUCAUCAGUAUCGUAAUUAUAAUUUCAAUUUAAAAUGCCGUUGGAAAAUCUAGACGAAGAGGGUUUAGAAAAGAAUCCCAAAUUGGAGUUGGCUCAAACUAAAUUCUUAUUGAGUCUACCAGAACAUAAGGAUGAUCCAUUUUUAAAGAACAAACUAUUAGAUGCCAUUAAAGCAGACGAUAUGGCUCCAUUCUAUGAAGAAGUUUGUAAAGAUUUGAAUUGGCCAGUCGACGAUACUCUUUUAGCUACAAUGAAAGCUAAGAAUAUGGAACAACUGAAAGAAUUAGAUGAUGCAAUUGAAGAUGCUGAGAAGAACUUAGGCGAAAUGGAAGUCAGAGAAGCCAAUCUUAAAAAGUCAGAACAUUUAUGUAGAAUAGGUGAUAAGGAAGGUGCAAUUUCGGCAUUCAGAAAAACUUAUGAUAAAACUGUAUCGUUAGGACAUAGACUAGACAUAGUAUUUCAUAAUAUUAGGAUUGGAUUAUUUUAUCUAGAUCAUGAUCAUGUUACUAGAAACAUAGAGAAAGCGAAAAGUUUAAUAGAAGAAGGUGGUGAUUGGGAUAGACGAAAUCGUUUAAAAGUAUAUCAAGGAACAUACUGCAUAGCAGUACGUGACUUUAAAGAAGCUGCAACUUUCUUUUUGGAUACAAUUAGCACGUUUACUAGUUACGAACUGAUGGACUAUAAUACAUUUGUGAGAUACACUGUGUAUUUAAGCAUGAUAAGUUUACCUAGAAAUGAACUUAGAGAUAAGAUUAUCAAAGGCUCAGAAAUUUUGGAAGUACUUCAUAGUAAUCCAGAUGUAAAAGAUUACUUAUUUUCUCUAUAUAAUUGCCACUAUACUGAUUUCUUUAAAAAUCUAGCACACGUCGAAGGUUUGUUGCGUAGAGAUUAUUUAAUUUUCCCACAUUAUCGGUACUAUGUUAGAGAGAUGCGCAUUCUCGCAUACACGCAACUUUUAGAAUCUUAUAGAUCUCUUACACUUCAAUACAUGGCUGAAGCAUUUGGCGUUACAAUAGAAUACAUUGAUCAGGAAUUAUCGCGUUUUAUAGCUGCCGGAAGAUUGCAUUGUAAAGUUGAUCGUGUUGGUGGGAUAGUGGAAACUAAUAGACCAGAUAAUAAAAAUUGGCAAUAUCAGGCUAUGGUCAAACAAGGAGACUUGCUGCUUAAUAGGGUUCAAAAGUUAUCGCGUGUUAUUAAUAUUUAAUUAUAUAAAGAAUAAAUCGAAAUAUCAAAUUUUAAGAUCUA